AUGUACAUCGACGGAGAUUCCUCUAGUUGGUUUAAGGCGUUUUCGGGCUCGGAAUGCUCAGCAAGGACCAGGCCAGAGACGGGAGAAUCCGAUGUCGGCUCAUCUCUUUCCAAAAAACCGCCGACUACCGUGCUUCUCCAGCCCGAACCAGCACCCUACGUCCAAUUCUGCUACGAUGAGAAACAAAACACGUUAUCAACAAUUCUGAUUGGGAGCCAGAGCAAAUCAAAUUAUGCUCCACUGGGGGAAGACUAUCCAGACUUGCGUUCUUUUAGCUCGUCGUCAACGGAAGCAUGGACCACUUGCUCCUCAUCGUUUUCUGUUGAAGCGCUGACGCCAGAAGACGACCGCCCACAAGAAAUUGUUUGGUUAGAUCGAUCUUGGUACUUUGGCAACGACAUGGCUUCUCGCCACAUGCACCGGAGUCUCUUGCUAAAAGAGAUGGACCACGAAGAUGAAUAUUCGGUCAUGUAUGCCAGCGACGACAGUUGUCAGAGCCAAGGCUGCGGCAAGUUCCUUCGUACUUGCGCAUUGCGACGUGAGAAAUUGCCUCAGUCGGAACGUUAUAUUUCCGAGCAGCAAGCGCGGCGUAACUUGCAGCCUCAUCGUCUAUUGGGAGGAAGCUACUCUACGUAUAUGGUAUUACGAGGAUGA